AUGGCUUCUGUAGAGGACUGCAGGGAGGCCGUCGCAAUGAUGCAGGAGGCACUGAGUCUCAUGGUUGAGGGUGCCAUCGACGAUGCAUCCGUGGAACGCUGGACCAACGUCAUUGUACCCGAUCACAUCGCUACCUUCGAGCGCCUCUUGGAGACACCAGGGCCAGUGGCACUCCUGCAUACCCUGCGAUACAGAAUGAGCUGUUGUGUCAAGCGUGGUGGAAGCCUCCAGCAGCCAAGUGUAGCUUGGAACAAAGUGAAGUCGGCUUUUGCGAGACAUCUGGACAUAUCCACGUUCAUGGAUGACGCUAGAGCUCUCUUCGCCUCGAAGAUCGAGCUCGCGCUCCGUGAACACAAUGCUGUAAAAGUGAAUACAGUGCUAGCAGCCGAGUACGUGAUCGUCAAGAAUGACGAGGGAACGAAGGACAUCAAGUACUACAACACGAAGAGUGCGUCGAUUUAUCAGACCACUGACUUCAACGAGUGGUACACCGCGAACGUCCAACAGCCCAUUGAACGCGACAUCGAAGAAUUCCAAGAGCGAUAUGCCGGUGAAUGUGAACAAGUUGAAUCCGAUGAGAGGAAUGCCGCCGAAACACAUCGUCAAGUUCGAGAAGCAGAUUACUACGUGGAUGAGGACGACAACGACGACGAUGAAGAGGUGGAGGACGAUGACGACAUCGAGCUAUUGCCUAAAUUUCACUAUGUGUUGAUAAAAGACCUGUCGAGGCUAGUGAGUGCGCAGUUGUCGAAUCGAGCACACAAACAAUAUAUCUGUGAAAGGUGUCUCCAUUACUUUCGUAAUCAAUUAAAACUGCGGGCUCACGAGGUCGACUGCGCACAAGUCAAUCAGUGCAAAGUGAAACUGCCCACGAAACACGACAACAUCCUCAAGUUCAAAAACUUUGGGCACAGAGAGCGAGUGCCUCUCGUCGUCUACGCCGACUUCGAGUGCCUGUCGCGACCUGUCGACGACGACGACGAGCGUGCGUACCAGCAGCACGAGCCAUUCAGUGUCGGCUUCUACCUCAGAUUUAGUUUCGACGAUUCUCGUUCCGAGUACAAGUGCUACAGGCAGAUAGACGAAGGCUCGCAAAGUUCAGCCGAGUGGUUCGUGAAGAGCCUGCAAGCUUUGACUGUAGAAAUGAAAGAGAUAUACAAGAACCCCAAACCUAUGAAUGCUCUCACAGCAUCGGAGAGAGAAGAGUUUGAGAGAGCUAUAGUCUGCUACAUCUGUCGGAAGCCAUUCUCAGCUGAGGACACGAAGGUCAAGGAUCAUUGUCACCUCACUGGGAGAGGUCCAGCGCACAAUAAGUGCAACACCAACUACAACGACUCGAGAACCAUACCCGUGAUAUUCCACAACCUCAGCGGCUACGACUCUCAUCUCUUUAUCAAGGAGAUAGCAACCUGUUUCAAGGGUCGAGUGUAGUGAUGUUCGAUAAUUAUCGAUAAGUGCAAAUAUCGAUAUUUUUGUUUCAAUAUAUCGGAAUUUUUUAUCGAUAUUUUACUAACCGAUUAUUGAAAGUAUCAAUAUGUUAUACGUAAAUAUCGAUAGUUUAUUUUACCUAAUUUUUUGGUCAACAGAAAAAUUUCUGUCGCGUCGGGACGUAAGAAGAGUGACAUAGUGAGAUUUCAAACUGGAGAGUGGGGAGGAGCUCCAUAAGGGGCGCAGAGUGCGCGCUUGCGUUGUGACGAAGGCACGAACGCCGAGAGAUUUGGACUAUGUCCGAUAGACCGAUAUCGUGAAGCGCAUUCGCGCGCGAGAGAGAGAGAGAGAGAGAGAGAGAGGGAGCACACUCGGCAACUCGGCUGCGAUAGCUACGCAUCAACGAACACGGCGGGUGAUUUUCAAAGACGACAACAACGGGGUGAGUCGGUGAGCGGUAUUUCGGAGCAACCAAAAGUGCACUUUGGCAGUUCCUGUUAUUGUAGAGAACGACAAGCGAGAGUGAGAGCUCAUCAUACGCAUCAACAUAGACGCGGCGGGCGAUUUUCAACGACGACGACGAGGUGAGCCGGUGAGCGGUAUUUCGGAGCAUCAUAAAGUGCACUUUGGCAGUUCCUAGUAGAGAACGACAAGCGAGAGAGUUCUUGGAAUCGGUCCGGCCGGUCCGGCGAAAAUCUACACGUUGACUACUUAACAGGGUAUCCGUGGCUUGGUGUCAGUUAACAACCUCAGUCUUCAGUUCGUCUUCGCUUAAGCGUAUUGUAAAUUACAAGCCAGUCUUUCAAGUUCACAGCUUGCGGCGUAACUUUAACUUUGUAAGUAAUUAAUUUAUAAAUUCUAUACAAGUCUAUAUCUAUUAUAGUAAUUUCAAUCAUAUUUUCUAACUUUUAU